UUAAGACCCAUCUAAUUCAUUAGUUUAUAUAUUUUCUCUAUUUUUUUUUCAAUAGAUUGAAGACAUAUCUGAAACAAUUGUUAACAUCUCCCUUAAAAGUCAGCAUCUUAUUACCUUGCUGUCAAGAUUUCCCAUACAGAUUUUUCAAAUGAAAAUGGAGGAUAUGCCCCUGUCAGGCCCAGACAGCAACAGGCUGGAGGCCUUGGUCCAUGACAUCUACUCUGAGCUGGUGGAUGAUGCCUGUUUGGGCCUGUGUUUUGAGGUGCAUCGUGCUGUGAAACAGGGUUAUUUUUUCUUGGAUGAAACGGACCAAGAGAGCAUGAAGGAGUUUGAAAUUGUGGAUCAGCCAGGUGUGGACAUAUUUGGCCAAGUGUACAAUCAGUGGAAAAACAAAGAGUGCGAGUGCCCAAACUGCAAAAGAUUGAUAGCAGCUUCUCGCUUCGCCCCGCAUUUGGAGAAAUGUCUCGGCAUGGGACGAAACAGCAGUCGCAUCGCAAACCGCAGGCUAGCCAGCAAUAAUAACAUGAGCAAAUCAGAGAGUGAUCAGGAAGACAACGAUGAUCUCAAUGAUAACGACUGGUCGUAUGGGGCAGAAAAAAAAGCCAAGAAGAGAAAGUCUGAUAAGAGUCAAAAUUCUCCAAGAAGAUCCAAAUCUAUAAAACAUAAAAAUGGUGACCUUGGGAGCGGCGUCAGUACAGAUCCUUACAAGUACAACUAUAAUACCGGCAUCAGUUAUGAAACUUUAGGCCCUGAUGAAGUCCGAUCCCUUUUAACAACGCAAUGUGGGGUGAUCUCCGAGCACACCAAGAAGAUGUGUACCAGGUCUCCGCGGUGUCCCCAGCACUCGGACGAACAGAGGAGGGCCGUCAGGGUGUUCCUCCUGGGCCCGUCCGCGCCGUCGCUGCCUGAUCCUGACGCUGUGGUGGAGAGCGAGAGUUUUGACAUUCCUGACGGACAGACCCUGAUGAGCCGCCUGCAGUGGGAGGACUCCCCCGAUAUCUCACCCACUGACUCCGCCUCAUCGAAAGCCAGCACCAACCAUUCAGAUUCUAAGAGGCCCAAGAAAAAGAAAAGGACUUCUCUCGGUUUGAACAGUGGAGUUGUAGUAGUAGGAGGUGGAGGUGGUGGAGUAGGAGGAGGAGGAGGACUAGGACUAGGACUAGGACUAGGAGGAGGAGUGAGUCUGACUGGAGGAGGAGGUGGUGGCAGCAGCAGCAGCUCUCAGAGUAAUAUCAGCUUAUCGACCAAAAAAAAGAGGCCAAAACUCUCAGCCCCCUCUAUCUCCAGUAUCUACGAUGACCUGAACUAGCAUAAGCUCUCAGAGCCUUCAGUCCUGCUGUUCUUACCUACAUUAACAGGCCCACUACAGGGAACUCAUGUGGUUUAUUGGCAAAAAAAAGGAAAUACACAAUAUUUCCAUGUUUUAUCUCAAAGGAUAUUUGAGAUUUUUACUGGAAUGUUGUCUCAAAAAACCGCUGUGUGUCCACAUAGUUUUGGCUUCACAAAUCUCAGAUGUUUUUUCUCCAAAUGACACCCUCGCCACACUCUGUGUCUAUACCUAUCAGCUACAGUACCGUUUACAAAUAAAACUGAGUGGUACAAUAUUAUAUAUUUAUAAAAAAUUUUGGAUCACAUUUAAUAUAUAUAUAUAAUUUACUUAUUUUAUUUUCCACUGCAGGUAUUUUGACAUGAUAUGUCAGGGAAACCACAGGUCUAAUCUAAAAUAAUGAUGAUGAUAAUGAACAUAGCUAUGGUAACACAAUUAUUAAACCUAUGCUUUCCCUGCUAAGACUUAUCAAAAUAUUUGCUCUGAAAAGGCCCAUUAGACGUCUCAAAAGUGUCCCCUCUUUAUAGGAAGUCGAUUGAACAUCUUUUAUUAGCUGUAGUCAGUCAAGAAUGGCUUUUGUUGCCCCUACUUUUUUUUUCUUAUUGUUGGCAAUUCUGUGACCUGUCCCUCGUAACUCAACUGGAGGAGACAUAAUGACUUUGACUGCUUUUAUUCCAGCAUUUGACACAGGUGUUUUCAUCAGUGGCUUUUUAAUUCUAGCAUUGUAUUGCACAGUUGUUAGUGUGUCUGUCAGCUGACUGGCAUUCAGUUUGAACGCACUUUUUUGCCUAGUGUAUGUGUGGUAAUAGUGUGUGAUCAUUUAUAUUUUUAUAAAACUAUGCAUCCUAGAAUGUGACAUUUUUAAGAUAGUACGUGUGCCAUUUAAUAUAUUUAACUUUUUGUUUACAUCAAAAAUAUAUUUAACUUUUUGUUUGCCUGUACAGUGGUGUGUAUUUUAUUUGUGUGCUAAUGCAGAUUUUGAUAUUUCAUGAGCCAUGAGCCACGAGGCUCCUGGGGCACAUAGUGCGUGUAUGUAUGACACGUGAGAGGGAAAAGUCAUCAUGAAUCAAACGUAACUUUCUUUCCUUUAAAAAAAAAAAAAAAAAACGUUUCUUGAAUAUUUUCCCUGAAUUUCUGCUUAGAGAUCAAAUUCAUUAAGUGAUGCAGUUCUGUUUGUCUUUCAGGAUCAUGACUAAUAAGUCUGUGAGCUUAUAUCAUUUUCUGAAGUUGUAAGAUAAAUUACAUGCUUUAGAGGUCAGAUGCACUAUUUUACUAAUCUUGUACUUUUCACAGUGGAUAUUUUAAAGAAGCUUUCUUUAUUUGUGUGUCUUAUAUUUAAACCCAAAGGCUUUACAGUUUCAGAAAUAAUUUUAGUAAGGAGUGCAUAGGUGAGCAGAAGGGUGUACUUUGUUUGUGUAUAUAUGGACAUCAAUGCUGCAAAACUAAGGGACUGUACGACAAUUACUACUUUUCAGCUUUUCAAACCGUAAAUGUGGUCCACUUUGAACGACCAUGAAUACUUUUGCUUUUUUCACAUUGUGUUCACUUCUUUCUCAAGAAAAGCCUUUUCUGAAUUUGAUUAAUUUUGCCUGAUGUUUUU